AGUCUGCCUGGCCAUGAAAAACAAGAUGAUGAUAAUGAUAAAGAUGACGUGAUAGAAGAAGAACAGCUGAAGAGAAAAACAAAGAAUGCCAUUACUUGCACAGAAAGUGGAGCAGAAUAUGCCUUCCAUCCAGAAAAGGAUGCAUCAGGUUUUCAAAAUGUGUUUGCUACCGCUGUCACUGAAGAAUCACUAGAGGCUGCCAGGUUGAGAAGUCAGCUAAUCUUUUUCUCUGGAGAUUGGAACAGUGGCAGACAUCAGCGAGAGGAUGAACAUACAAGGAUUGUGGCCAGGAAAGCUAGUGAACAUUAUCAGCAGGCACUGAGACUGAAGGAAGAGAGGAACCCAGUGGGUAGCAUCUCUUGUCUGACCAAGGCUAUCAACCUGACACCCAGUGAUCCCGUCUUGUACGCUGAGAGGGGGGAGGCAUACCUGUCUCUGUGUGACUUCCAGUCUGCCAUACUCAACUAUAGGAAAGCCUGCCUCCUAACGACUACAGACAAAGAAGCCUACGAUUCAAGACUAGCCUUUAUUUACUAUUUUCAAGGCCAGACUCUGUUUGACCAAAGGCUUUUCCCAGAGGCUUUAGAAGUUUUCUCCAAGGCUGCAGAGAUGGUGCCAGGAAAUGGUGGUUACCAGAUGAGAAUUAUCACAUGUCUAGUGGCACUACAGAGACAUCAUGAGUGUCUGACCUUGGUGAACCAGAGGUUACAGGAAGACAAGAACAACCCUGACCUCUACAUAGUGAGGGCACGUCUGCAUGAAAUAUUUGCAAAUUUGAGUCCACGCUAUUAUGAUGUAAGAAAUGCACUGUCGCUUAACCCAGACCACCAGGAAGGACAGGCCAUGAUGGACACUAUUGUUAAGGCAGCGGAUGAUAACAAAAACCUGGCCUUGCAUUUGAGCAUUAUGGGAAAAGACAAACAGGCAUUACAGAAGAUAUCACUGGCUAUUCAGAUGAACCCUUCCGUGGCUGAAUACCAUGUUCUGAGAGGCACAUUACAUAGGAAGCUAAAGGAUUUCAAUGGUGCUGUGGAUGACCUCAGGCUGGCCUUAGACAAGUGUGACCACAGGAGAUCCCACCCAGUCUACAGGAACUCCCAGAGACAGCUUUUGCUGACCUUCAACGACUUUGCGGUGGAGUGCUUCAGCAAGGGCAGGUAUGAGGAGGCCAUCACUCUCCUGAACAAGGCUCUGCAGGACGAGAAGCAGGAGAAGUCUUUGUAUAUUAACAGGGGAGAUUGUUUCUACAAAAAGAAUGAGCUUCUGUUUGCCAUGGAGGAUUACCUGCAGGCUCUCGAGCUUGAUCCACAGGAUACAGCAAUCAUGUUCAGACUGGCUCUUGUUCACAAUGAGUUUGCUGUUAGCCACUUCGAUGAUAAGAACUACACUGCAGCUGAAACUGAAUUCACCCAGGCAUUAGAGUGCAGUCCCCUUGUUGGCCAGUUUUAUGUAUCACGAUCACGUGCUCGUUCAAUGCUAGGGGAUCUCACGGGUGCCAGAGAAGAUUGCCUGUGGGGUCUGUUGUUAUCUCCGACCUCCAGUGGCAACACUUCCAUCAUGGCCAGGCUGUUCCCAGGAAAAUCUAUGGCUGACAUCCUCAACAGUCCAGCAGCAAAUGCUGUGAAAAUUAAAGUUCAUGCCCUACUUUCUGUAAAUUGUAGUAGAAAACUGGAUCAGCCAGAGUGGAAUAAUCCAGCCAACACUGAAGGCGACACAAACCCUGGUACAAGUGGGUUUGAGCCUGCAGCAGAUCAGUCAAGGCUUUCCACUAAGGCCUUAUAUCAACAGGAGUCAGAGGUCAGAGGUUACAGCUUGUGUAUGACAGACAGAGAACUGCUUGUGAAAGAAGUCCAAGAAAAGAAGAAGGUGGAAAGCAGAGUUAAAGAUGCCCUAUUUAACCGCAGACCUCUACAUGCCGAUGGGCCAAAACUUCUGCCACUUCCUUCGCUGAUCACUCUCCCACCAAAUGUAGCAAGAAGUGCCGACAGACUUCCCAUGACAACUGGCACAGAAGACAAAGAAGUCUCAGAACAGAACCUGUCUUUCACACACUAUAGACCAAACUGGAGACAGUUUAGUCACACAGUCAGAGCAGUUAAAAAUAUGUAG